AUGAUUGUUCUGAUAUCGGACGGUAACAGUCAGGAUCGGUGGGAAGAGCUGCUCGCUGCUGCUGAUCGUCUUCGAGCAACAGACGCCAAUGUUUAUGCCGUUACGGCCAGUCAUGAUUAUUACUUCAGAGAAUUAGAGCUUUAUGCGGGCAGUAAAUGGCUUGUUUAUGUUGAUGCUCGUAAGCGGCAGUUUCUUGAUGAUGCUGAAUUGUCGGUGAUGCAAUGUCAAAGUCCAGCGAAUUCGAUUUCUUCACCAGCGCCAAGUGUAUGCCUUGUUUUCUUUUACAAUCUAUUCGGAAGAAUGAUUGUUCUGAUAUCGGACGGUAACAGUCAGGAUCGGUGGGAAGAGCUGCUCGCUGCUGCUGAUCGUCUUCGAGCAACAGACGCCAAUGUUUAUGCCGUUACGGCCAGUCAUGAUUAUUACUUCAGAGAAUUAGAACUUUAUGCGGGCAGUAAAUGGCUUGUUUAUGUUGAUGCUCGUAAGCGGCAGUUUCUUGAUGAUGCUGAAUUGUCGGUGAUGCAAUGUCAAAGUCCAGAGAAUUCGAUUUCUUCACCAGCGCCAAGUAACGAAUUUACCGUCACCGCACAAACUCCUUUUGCUCUCAGCGAUACGUUGCUGCUAAGCAAAGUCUCAUCAGAAGGGUAA